AUGGAAACAAACCCAACACCUCUUUCUCCACCUAUCUUUAAUGGUGAGCAGUACCAUGUUUGGGCUGUCAAAAUGAAGACCUACUUGAGAGGUCAUUCUUUAUGGAAAUAUGUGGAGGAAGAGAAACAAAUCCCUGAGCUUGGAGCAAACCCAACACUGAAUCAGAUAAGGAUUCAUGAAGAAGAGGUAGCAAAGGCUCUAAAAGCACUCUUCUACAUCCAUUAUGCAGUAACCGACCAGGUCUUUUCUAGGAUAAUGGCAUGUGAUACUCCUAAAGAAUAUUGGGAUAAGCUCAAGGAGGAGUUUGGGGGAAGUAGCCAAACCAGAAACAUGCAGGUCUUGAACUUGAGAAGAGAGUUUGAAAUGCUCAAAAUGCAAGAAACUGAAAAUGUCAAAGAGUAUGUGGAUAGAUUAAUGAAUGUAGUGAAUAAGAUUAAACUACUUGGUGAGGAGUUGACUGAUCAUAGGAUUGUGGAGAAGGUUUUGGUCAGUCUACCUGAAAGAUUUGAAGCAAAAAUCUCCUCACUUGAAGACUCCAAAGACCUGUCCCAUAUCAGUCUAGCUGAACUUGUGCAUUCCCUUCAAGCACAAGAGCAGAGGAGGCUGUUGAGGCAGGAAGAUUUGGGUGAGGGAGCUAUGUUUGCAAGCCAAAAAAAGAAGGGAUUUCAAGGUGAAAGCAGGAGGUAUACUGGAGAGAAGAAGGGAAAAGAAAAUGUGAACAAUUAA